UUGCACGAAACAUGGACACUAGGCAAUAAAAGGUGCAAUUUGCUAGAGCAAAGAAAAACGUUAAGCCCAUGCGGCGUACACUUGACGACUAUUUAGACGCCGAAUGGCGCGAAAGAGUAAAGUGGCGUCUGGAGAUUAGUCUAGCAAAAGGUGUUCGCGUAUUCACAGGUGUGUUUGUUGAAUCUGGAGCAAAAUUUUUAGUACGUUGUGUGAAACUUGUGCUUGGUAGUAAAUAAGUGUAAAUUUACUGAAAGUGUUUUGUUUUUAACAUUCGAUGGAGAAUAAAUCUUACAUUGGAGAAUCCCGAGUUGAUCUGGAUUUGGAUGAAAGCAGCCCUCCACAUGGUUACAAUGCUGCCCCGGGAGCUUUUUCUGGUUCCAGCAAAGGUUUGACAGCCGCAACUGAUGGAGAGACGAUUCCCGAAAAACCCACCCCGGUCCGCGACAAGUGGGGCAAGGAUGUGGAAUUCAUGUUAUCCUGCAUCGCCUAUUCGGUGGGAUUCGGUAACGUUUGGAAAUUUCCCUACACGGCGCUGAAAAAUGGCGGAGGUGCAUUCCUAAUUCCCUAUUUGGUGGUGCUGUUCAUCGUCGGUCGACCUAUUUACUAUCUGGAAAUGGUGAUGGGUCAGUUUUCGAGCCGGGGCUGCGUUAAAGUCUACGAUCUGAGUCCGGCCAUGAAAGGUAUCGGAAUUGGCCAAUCCGUGGCAAUGUUCAUCGUCAUGACGUACUACACGCCGAUUCUGGCCAUCACGUUUCGAUAUCUGGUUGGCUCGUUCAGCGCCGUGCUGCCCUGGGCUAAAUGUGAUCCCACGUGGCCGAACUGCAUCGAUUCAGAUUUUGCCGGGCAUGCCACGUCAAAUACCACUAAUCCUCCCAAGGCUUCGGCGGAGCUUUAUUUUGUAAACACUGUCAUGCACAAAAAUAACUCCCUCUACGAUGGCCUCGGACUGCCGGACUGGCGCUUGGCCUUGUGCUUACUGUUCUCCUGGCUGUGCGUGGCCAUCAUCCUCAUCAAGGGUAUCAAGAGCUCCGGAAAGGCAUCCUACUUCCUGGCCCUGUUCCCAUACGUAAUCAUUCUGAUCCUGCUGGUGCACGCGUGCACACUCAAGGGAGCCUUCGACGGGAUUCUCUACUUUCUGACGCCCCAAUGGGACCAAUUGCUGAACGUUACGGUUUGGUACGAAGCCGUAACGCAAUGCUUCUUCUCUCUUUCGGUUUGUUUCGGUGGCAUAAUUGCUUAUUCUUCGUUCAACAAUUUUUCGAACAACGUGUACAAGGACGCCAUCAUCAUUUCGUGGCUGGACACGUUCACCUCGAUCAUUGCCGGAUGCAUCGUUUUCGGAGUUAUAGGAAAUUUGGCCUAUGUUACCGAACAGAAGGACAUCCAACAGGUGGUCAAAAGUGGAGCCGGGUUGACCUUUAUGACAUAUCCGGAUGCCAUCGCCAAGUUCGAUUGGGUUCCGCAGCUUUUCUCGGCACUGUUCUUCCUGAUGCUGUUUAUCGUUGGAUUGGGUAGCAAUUUGGGCGUUACCACCAGUAUUGUGACUGCCAUCAGGGAUCAGUGUCCUUGGUUGAAAAACUGGCAAGUUGUUUCGGUUGUUGGGGCUGCCGGAUAUUUGUUCGGUUUGCUGUAUCUGACUCCGGGAGGUCUGGACUUCCUGGACAUUAUGGACUAUUACGGAGCCAAGUAUGUGACGUUGACGUUGGCCGUUUUUGAGAUUGUAACGUUUGCCUGGAUCUAUGGAGUCGAUCAAAUUUGUCGGGAUAUCAAGUUUAUGUUGAACAUCGAAACCAGUCUUUUUUGGCGAAUUUGCUGGGGAGUAGUUACUCCCCUGGUAACGUUUCUCAUUUUGCUAUUAAGCUUCAUCGACUACAAACUAUUUGAUGUUCCAAGUGGUUAUAACAUACUCGGAUGGGUGAUCUACGUGGUGGCCGUUUUACAGCUUCCGGUGUGGGCAAUUUAUGCUGCCCUAAAGAUGAGUAACAAGACGGUUGAUUCGUGGUUGGCAGCUCUCAAGAAAUCUUUCCGACCUCUGCCGGAAUGGGGUCCGGAGCAUCAAGAAACGAGAAUCCGCUACCGGGAAGAGGUUGAGCAGAAUGAGGCAACUCGGCCAAGAGACCGCCACGUAGGUGAUUUUAUUAGGAGACGAAUAUUGAGCUGAAAUUUUAAGACCAGUUCUCAUUAAAAUAUUCAGGCGGUACUCAAUAUGCUAGACGUUAAGUUAAAUUUGGAUUAAUUCAA